CUGUCCGUAAUCGUCGUAAUUAAUUACUGACAAAGAAACAAAACAAUGUCCCAAUCCUUCCGGAGUCCUUUAUCAGGGCUCGAAAGCCCUCUCUCCAACCCUCUUCCGGUCUUCCUGAUCAAAUCAAUUUUCACUGUCGAAAAUCAAAUCGAUUUCAGAACAAGGAUGGAUAACAGCGAAAACAACUCCCCGAGCUUGAUCUCUCGCGAGAAGCUGGAAGAGGUAGCAAGCUGGGUCAGCGCCACCGUGGUCUCGGCCUUCUUCUCAUCUCUCGAGCGCUGCUCUUGCGUUAACCUCUCCACCACCGACCCCGAUGAUGACGACAACCCCGAAGAGGCCAAGGACCGCCCGCUCACCUACUCCUCAAUAUCGUCUCCCUCUCGCUAAAUGUUCGGUACUUGCCCCGACACGUAUUUUCUGUUUCUCUUGAUUUAGGGGUUUUUUGUAUACAAAAAGAAAACUUUAAAUGUGGUGAAUUUGCAGAUGCUUCUGAUUGAAUUUGGAUUCUUAUGUAAUAAAUGUUAAUUGUGUCUUUUUCUUUUUGGAUAUUCAAUGUUCUAAUGUUGUUGAUUAUUUUGUUUUGUCAAAAGUUAAAGCCCUAAAUCAAGAAAAUGGAUCUUUAUUUUCUUGAAUUUGAUUUUAGGUUUUGUAAUGACUGCCAAAUUUUGUAUCAAUUAAAGGCAUUACUGAUAUGGAA